AUGACCGCGCUGCGGCGCCUGGCGGCGCUCGUCGCGGCGGUGGGCCUCCCCGCGACGAGCGGGUGCUCAAACGUAUAUGGGUACGGGGACUGCUUCCACUACACGGCCAUCGACGCGACGUUCCACUGCAGCGAGUUCUUCUGCCCCGGCUGCCCCUACAGCGGCUACUGCGACGAGCUCUGCGGCUUCUGCGGCGAGUACGGGAGCCUGCUGCGGGACUGCCACGGCGUCGAGGCGCCGUCGGUCUUCAUCGGCGACGGGUUGUGCGACGACGGCACGUACCUCUACGACGGCAAGACCGUGGACUUCGACUGCCCGGCCUUCGGCUGCGACGGCGGCGACUGCCCGUCGGCGUCGGAGUGCGGCACGGACGCGCCGACGCCCAGCGGGCCGAGGGAGCGCGACGUCUACGCGGCCACCAUCGAGGAGAUCCAGCGCCGGGCGACGCUCGACUUCGAGGACGACGACGGCGACGACGCGUCCAUCGUCUUCGACUGCUCGCGGAGCGUGUUGAGCCACCGGGUCGUGCGCGUGUCCGGCGUCGUGUCCGCGGUCGCCGGCACGGGCUUCUACUUCCAGGACGGCGUCGGCCCGUGGAGCGGCCUCUUCGCGCACGCGGGGUCGACCGCGGCCGUCCUGUCCUCGCUGCGCGUCGGCGACGUCGUGGACGUCGUCGGCUACGUCGACGAGCACCUGGGCCAGACGCAGGUCGAGGUCGCGGGCGACGACGCCUUCGGCGUGGCGGUCGUCGGGCGGGCGGCGCCCUACGCGGCCGUCGACGUCGCGACGGCGACGCUCGGCGCGUACCGGCGCCGCGAGCGCGACGACGUCGACGGCGCCCGCUGCCCGGACGCCGGCGAGCCCUACGAGGGCGUCCUCGUGCGCGUGUCGGACGUCGCGCUGUCAGGGUCCGCGGACGCGUUCGGCCGCGUCGCCGCGGACGACGGCUCCGGCGGCACGCUCCUGGACUCGUCGUCGGCCUUCGACACGGCGGCCUACCUCGCGGCCCUCGUCCGGCCCCACGACGGCUGCCGGAGCGGCGCCAUCUGGGAGCCGCCGCGCCAGGACUGGGACGACUACGGCCUCACGAGCGGCGACGCGCUCUGCGACUACGGCGGCGUGGUCCUGGCGUCGGUCACGGGCGUCGCGCGCUACGCCUGGAAGUGCGCCACGCCCCAGGACCACCUCGCGUGCCUCGCCGGCGGCGCGCGGAUGGAUUUCACGUUCGCCGUCGCGCCGCGGCACCCGCGCGACCUCCGGCUGGCGCCCGAGUCCUUCGACGUCGCGGACGACGCCGUCGCGCCGGCGCCGACCUGGGCCGCCGACGGCGUCGUCGCCCUCGCGUCCGUCGCGGCGCUCCAGGCGUCGACGGCGCCGGACGACGGCGCGGCGCCGGCCUUCGACUGCGGGCCGUCGCGGUACGAGGGCGCGACGGUCGCGCUGUCGGCCGUCGUCUCCGCGACGGACUCCUUCGGCUUCUACAUGCAGGACGGAGCGGCGCGGCACGGCGGCGUCUACGUGGCCCUGCUCGCGCGGGCCGUCCACGGCGUGGCGACGGCGUCCGGCGCGCCGCUCGCGCUCGCGGAUCUGGGGCCCGGCGACGCCGUCGACGUCGUCGGUCUGGUCGUGGAAUCCAUGGGGUCCACGGUGCUGGAAGCCGUCGACGUCGUCGUCACGGGGUCGGGGACGCUGGAGGCCCUGGCGAUCCGCUCGGGGGACCUCGGCGGCGGCUUCCGCGACGUCGAGGCCUCGGGCUGCUUCUCGGCCGGCGAGGGCCUCGAGUCGCUGCUCGUGGCCGUGGACGACGUCGACGUCGCCGUCUACGACGGCGCCGACUACUGCCCGACGUGCCUGGGGCGCCUGCCGUUCGACGACGGCUCGGGCGCGGCGCUCCUGGACGACGCGCUCUACGCGGGCGGCGUCCUCGAGCGCGACGUCACGGAGCGGACCGUGUUCGGCGACGGCGUGUCGACGGCGCCCCUGGCGGCGCUGACGGGCGUCGUGCGCUACGCCUACGCCUGCGAGAACCGGGAGGACCCCGUCUACUGCCUGAGCCGCGGCGCGGGCCUCGGCUUCGCGUACGUCGUCGCGCCGCGGACGGCGGCGGACCUGCGCUACGAGGUCGAGGCGCCCGACGACCGGCCGAGCCUGCUCGACAAGCAGCGGCGGCGGGGGCGGCGCGUGGACGUGGCGACGGUCGUCGCCGUCGGCGUGCUGGCCGUGAGCGCGGGGCUGUUGCUCGGCGCGCUCGUCGCGCUGCGCCGCGUGUUGUGCGCCUGCCCGAGCAAGCCCGUCGGCGCGCGCGUGGACCCGGGCAUGGCGCUGCCCCAGCACCAGAUCGAGAUCCCCGUCGCGCAGGCGCGCGUCGUGCCGGACGCGGCGGAGGCGCCCGACGACGGCGUGCCGCUCGCGGACGCGCGGCCGCGGCGGCGCGACCCGAGCCAGAUGACGUUCCGCAUCCGCCUCCGCGACGGGCCCCGGCCGCCCGCGCCCGCGCCCCGGGCCGUCUCCGAGGGCGCCGCGCCGCCGCCGCCGGAUCGGAGCGCGCCGCCGGAGGCGACCGCGGUCUUCGACGACCCGGCGACGGUGGCCGAGCCCGUGCCCGUCGACGGCUUCGCCUACGUGCCGGCGCCCCGGCCGCGCCGCGACAGCGACGACAGCCGGUCCUCGGACGAGCCCUACGCCGAGGACCGGCUCCCGCGGCCGCACCCGCGGGGGCGCCAGACCUACAUCAUCCGCGGCCUGCGCCGGCCGCCGCGGUCGCCACGGCCGGACGAGGCGCCGGCGCCGGAGUCGUCCGAGGCCGCGCGGCACGCGCCGCCGCCCGCGCUCGCGGGGCCGCCGCCGCGCUCGCCGGAGCCCGAGGAGCCCGCGGAGGAGGCCAAGGACGAGAGCGGAGGCCCGAGGCCCCGCGCACCGGCGUUCGCGUCCGCCGACGAGGAGAAGGCCGACGAGGAGGCUCGCGGUGAAGGCGCCUGCGAGGCGUCGCUGUCCGAGUCGGGCUGCCUCUGGCGGUCGCGGCCGCCGGCGGCUGCCCCCCCGGCCGAAAGCGAGCGCCCCCACAUCCUCUUCGUCAUCGCGGACCAGCACCGCCACGACGCCAUCGGCGGCGGGCUCAUCCCCGCCGGGCUCACGCCGGCGCUCGACCGGCUCCGGCGCGAGGGCGCGACGUUCGCGAGCCACUACACGUCCACUCCCUCCUGCACGCCGAGCCGCGCGGCGAUCCUGACGGGCCGCAAGCCCUGGCACCACGGCAUGUUGGGUUUUGGCGACAUCGCCCUCACGUACCCCUACGCGGAGCUGCCGCGUUGCCUCGCGCGCGUCGGCUACGCCACGGUGUCCGUCGGCAAGAACCACUUCUACAACGAGAUGUCGGGCGGCGAGAACCCCGGCCACGGCUUCGCGAAGCGCUACACCUACGACGGCAUCAUCGCCGAGUUCGACUCCUACGACCGGUGGUUCAACGCGUCGCUGCCCGGCCGCGACCCGCUCGCGACGGGCAUCGCCGAGUUCGGCGAGGAGCUCGCGUUCGACGACUACCGCGGCGCGCCCUACGCCUACGACGAGCAAUUCCACCCGACGGCCUGGGUCGGCGCGACGGCGCGGGGCGCGCUGCGGCGGCACGCGGCGUCGAACGCGUCCGCGCCGCUCUUCCUCAAGGCCUCGUUCCACCGGCCGCACUCGCCCUACGACCCGCCGGCGCGCGUCCUCGCCAAGUUCGAGGACCCGGCGGCGUGCGUCGUGCCCGGCGCGGAUAUGAGUGUCGACGGCUGGGACGCCCAGUUCGCCCAGGGCCGCAACUACACGGACCUGCCCUACGGCGGCGCGCCCGACGUCGCCAUGUUCUGCGGCGACAUCGGCGCGAAGCACGUGCGCAAAACGCGCGGCGCCUACCUCGCGUCCGUCGCUUUUGUGGAUGAGCACCUGGGGUUGAUGCUGGACGAGCUCGAUGCGUUGGGCAUGGCGGACCGGACCUUCGUGCUCUACGUCGGGGACCACGGCGACAUGCAGGGCGACCAUUAUCUUUGGCGCAAGGGCUUCCCCUUCGAGGGGUCGGCGCACGUGCCGCUCAUCGUGCGCUGGCCCGAGGCCUACGUGCCGCUCUCCGCGUCGCGCGGCGUCGCGCUGGCGUUCGUCACGGAGCACCGCGACCUGCUGCCGACGUUCCUCGACGCCGCGGGCGCCGCGGGCUCGCUCGAGCCCCGCGAGGCGGUCGACGGCCGGUCCCUGCUGGACCUGUUGCGCGGGGACAACGCGACGUGGCGGUCCUGGGUCGACCUCGAGCACGACCCGGGCACGCUGGGGGCGGUGUGCUUCGAGAACACGACGAACCACUGGAACGCGCUCACCGACGGGUCGACGACGAAGUACGUCUUCGACGCGCACACGCUCGAGGAAUUUUUGUUCGACCUGCCCCGCGAGCGCGAGAACCUCGCGGCGGCGCAGCCCGAGCGGCUCGCGCUGUGGCGACGAAGGCUCGUCGCGCACUUCGAGGACGAGAAGCGCGGCGACGCGUGGGUCAAGGACGGCGUCCUCCAGCGGCGCACGGGGAGCAUCCUCUACUCGCCCUUCUACCCCGCAGACGUGCCGGGCCGCGCCUUCGACGGCGCGCCGCGAGCGACAUAA